AUGAAAAGAAGAUAUCCAGGAGAUUCUGCCGGUCCACCAGGGCCAGGAGGUUUUCCUGGACGACGACCAAAUGAUCCCAGAUAUAGAUCGUUUCCAGGUGGUGGGAAUAUGGGUCCUCCUAGAGGUCCUCCUGGGGGACCUCCUCCUCGAAGAGGUGGGCUCAGGCCACCACAGAACAGUGCCUUCUACAGAAGAGGGGCGCCUGGGUUUCCUUCCCGAGGGGGUCCUGGACCGAACGGUCCACCGAGUAGGGGACCUCCUAUAUUCAGAGGUGGGCCGCCACGGGGAUCUGGACCUCAAGGAAUGGGUCGAGGUCCACCAAUAACGGGAAGAGGGAACAUAAUGGGAAGGGAGAAUGGAAUGAUGGGAAGAGGGCAGAUACACGGUAGACCACCACCAAUGAUGGGAAGAGGUCCACCUAGGCCAGGACCACCAAUUCCAUUCUCUAAUGUACCGCCGCCGCCGCCUCGGGGGAAGAUGGGACAUCCUCCUUCUUUGGCACCAAGACCUCCCUUUCCAAACACCAAUUUUCCACCACCACCACCACCACCACCACCAAUACACAACCCUCGCGGAGGGAUGGGGCCACCGCUCGGGCAGAAUAUCCCGCCACAAUUUCAACAACGAAACCUGCAAACAUCUCUUUCGAAGCUUCAAGGGGGGUCUCGUGUUUUGAUUGGCGGUCCGAAUCCGUCUUAUCAAGCAAAUGGAGGUGUGCAACAAAGGCAGCGCCCUCCAGGAGCUCCUUCCUAUGCGAGCACUCCCCCGUUCCCAAAUGCUUCUGCUUCCAUGUCCAUUACAAUUCCAAACAGCUCUCAACAAAUUACGGCGGUACAUCCAAGAAGCAGUAGUGCACUAUCUCAGGGGUCCAAACCAACAGCACAACAAAUUGACGAUGCUUGGAAGGAAUAUGCGGCACCAAAUGGGAUGAAAUACUAUCACAAUGCUAUCUUGAAAGAGAGCACAUACACAAAACCCAUUACUCUUACAAAGAAGCAAACAGGAAUGGAUUCACGAGCUUCAAUGGAGCGAAAAUGGCAGGAGUACGAAGAUGCUACAAGCGGCAAGAAAUACUAUUCCGAUGGAGUUACAACUACUUGGGAAAAGCCUGACGACUUUGACGCAGAUCCACAAGAAAAUGCUGAUGACGAAGUUAGUCGAAAGCGAAAAGAGGCAAAACUGUCUACGGAGACGUCGUUUUCGAGUAAAUCCGAAGCCAUAGCGGCCUUCAAAGGUCUUUUACUCGCAAAAGGCAUUGCUCCCGCCAUCAAGUGGGGCGAGGUUGCAAAGACUGUUUCUUCAGAUGCACGCUGGGCAGCCUGUGAAAAUGCAUUAUCACUCGGUGAACGACGGCAGGCACUUGCGGAAUAUCAAACCAAACGAGCAAAUGAGCUUAAGAACCUCGAGCGCCAAGAGCGGCUUCGGGCAAAGGAUGCCUUUGGUCAGCUCCUAGGAGACACCUUGCCCACAAUUGCAGGAUUUUCGGUUUUAAAUUCUCGAUUUUCGGAUGUGCGGGCGGCUCUAGCGAAAGAUGACCGCUUCCAUUCAGUUGCAACGGAAGAAAUGCGGGAAUCACUCUUUCUUGAUUUUUGUGAAGAGCUCCGCAAACGAGACGAGCGAAAGAAGCGCAACAAAAGAAGAGAGACACAUGAUGCCUUCGUUUCGUUCCUUCGUGAACACGAGGAGGCUGGAAAUUUGACGUUCGCUUCAACAUGGGAAUCAUUUUUCUUAUCACUGAGCGGAGAUGCCGUGAAGGAUAGUCGCUUCGAUGUCUCAGCUACAAUGUCGGAUGCUGACCGACAACUAUACUUUGCCGAUUUUGUUCUUGAGCUGCAAUCAGAGCAAGAUGAGAAACGACGGCGGAUUCGGGAUGCUCGACGUCGGGCGGAAAAGGCCCAGCGAGAUGCCUACCGAGAAGUCUUGCAAAAGCUAGCAGCAGAGCGGAAAAUUUCACCAUCCACUCGGUGGCGUAGUAUUGAAGAUAUCGUAUCGAUGGACCAGGCUUUCAACCUGGUAGAGGCACAAGAUCGGGAUUCUCCUCGGUCUUUGUUCGAAGACUUUGUUGGGGAAUGGGACGAUAUCUAUCAUCAUGAUAAGGCUUUCUUGAGUCGAUUGAUCAAUUCCUCCCCGAAAAAGGAAUCGGGGAUUAAGAGUGAUACAACAUAUGAAGACUUUUCCAAGCUGUUACUUGAAUUGGCCUCCGAAUCUCAGGAGUCGUACGCGGAUGCUCGACAAAUCAUCAAAACGGAAGAGCCAGUUUCCAGUGCGCGCUUGUAUUACGACGAGUUGAUUUCGCGCGCUUUGGAUUUGUCACGGCGUGUUUUGCAACAGCGUCAAGAGGAUUCGAGUGAAGACGAAGGAGAGAUUAUAGAAGAUAACGAGAUGGGCGAGGAAGAAGACAAAGAAGGUGCAGGCACGACGGAAGAAGAGCAUAUAGACACCAUAUCAACCAAUGAAGUGGCGUCUGAGAAUGUUACCACUAGUGAGUGA